CCACUUCCGGUCUGUCUGCGCUAUCCGCCACUAGGUGUCGCUGUGGCGGCGGGCUGUGCUGCGACACACUCCCACCACAGAGCAAAAAGCUACAUUUGUCCUGAAAGAAAACAUCACAGACAGAGAGCUGCUGCAGGUGAUGGAGUUCCCCCAGCAUUCCCAGCAGCUGCUGUCAGCUCUGCGCUCCCAGCGCCAGCGAGGCUUCCUCUGUGACUGCACCGUCCUGGUGGGCUCUUCCCGUUUCCUGGCCCACAGAGCUGUUUUGGCCUCCUGCUCGCCUUUCUUCCACAUGUUCUACUCAGACUCUCCGGGGAUCAGUGGUGGAAACAGCAGCAGCAGCUCUGUCACACUGGACAGCGACAUUGUCACAGCUGCUGCAUUCGGCUUGCUCUUGGACUUUGUCUAUGAGGGCGUGCUGCAGCUGGAUGACUCUCCACCAGUGGAGGACAUAUUGGCUGCUGCUAGCUUCCUGCACAUGAACGAGGUGGUAAGAGUAUGCAAGAGACGACUACAGAGACGAGAGCCCCUGGCUGAAGCAGACAGCACACGCUCUGAAGAGAGCGCUGGUGCGAGGAAGGCAAUAGAGACAGUGAAGGAGGGUGGGUGUGGCGAUGGAGCUCAGCCUGUGAUGGACAUGGCAGGAGAUCACUUGAAUCCUGUCACCAUGGCAAGGCCACUCUCAUCAGACUCUGUAAUAGCAGAGAGGAGUCAGUUGGAGUCUGUGAAGUCUGAGCGAAGGACUGGUGGGGGGUCAUCAGAGGCCCGCGUUCACACUCCUCUGAGCCCUGACCUGGCUGAUACCACACAGCCAGGUAUGGACGCUCCUCCUCUGCCCCCAAGUGGGGAGCUGGUUCAGGGCCUCAUCAUGGGCCCGUCUGCCCCUGUCUCAGGAGCUUUUGCCAGGGUGAGGACUGGAGGUCAGGGAGAAGGAUCAACACUCUGCAGCCCCUGCAGCACCACUGAGACAUACAGCCACAGCAGUAACCAGCAGCCCUCCUCGUCUUCUUCGUCUUCUUCGUCUUCUUCGUCUCUGGUGCCGGUGAGCCAGGCCAGUGGUCCAUCACGUGUUGCUCUUUCCCAGUCAGAGUCCAGACUUUCCCCCGGGCCCCAUCAGGAUGUACCCCGACUGGCCCAUAAUGAGUCUGCUGGGAACCCCUCAGAGACUGACCGCAGAGGUUCAUCAGGCAGAGGACAACAGAUGGUCAUGUUAAUCCAAGCAUCAGCACCUCACACUUUUGAAACAAACCCAACGCACUCUCCUCUAGAACGUGCGCUUCCCCAAAUUCGAAUCCAGAGCACUGUGUCACUCCAGCGCCAAAGCUUGGACUUCCGCUCUGCUCAGGCUCAAACUGUCAGGGGACCUGAGGAGCAUGCGAGUGCCAUGGGCAGAGUGAGGACAGAGGGCAGUGAUGGGGAGAAUGUGAAAGUCAAAAUGGAGGCCAUUGUUAUAUCUGACGAGGAGACGGAGGAGGAGAAAGAGGAAAGCAGAGAGAGAGAACCGGUGAUGGAAGUAGACGAUGAGUUUGAAGAUGACAUCCAAGACGAGGAGCUGAACAGUCCUCACUUUCUGUCGUCCAACCCACAGGGCCUCUUACAAAUGACCUCCCAUUCAAAUGACUACUCCUUCUCGCUCUCUCCCUCCUCCUCCCCCCCCUCUGGUGUUGGCCCUUCCUCCCAGGACAAUUCUUCCUUCACCGCCUCCCUCAUUCCUCCUUCCACAGCUCAGCAUCAUUCAGACCCUCCUUCCUACUUCCAGGACCUCCAGGACUCUAUGGGGAACAUUGUGGAGGAUGUCCCCACUUGUGGAGUGUGCGGAAAGACCUUCUCAUGUACAUACACACUGAGGCGUCAUGCUAUCGUGCACACACGUGAACGCCCUUAUGAGUGCCGCUACUGUUACCGGAGCUACACACAAUCGGGCGACCUGUACCGACACAUCCGCAAAGCUCAUGACCACACACUGCCAGCCAAACGCAGCAAGACAGACAUGGAGCCCACUAUUCUGCCGCCGCAGCCACCGCCACCAGCACCACCACUAAGCUAACACAUUAACAGGAACGCUAUGGCAUUUCUAUACUCUGUACUUACACGUACACAACUAAAGUUUAACUUUAACGUGCUUACUCAGUUUAUUCCUUUAAUCCUAAAUCGAGUAAGGCUGCAACAAAUGAUUACUUUCUGGAUCAGUCAUGAGAAACUGGCCAUCAAACGUUCCAAAGCCGAAGGUGACUUGUUAUGUCUGACCAACUUUUUAAAUGAACUAAUUAACAAUUAAAAAAGACUAAAGGAACCAGAAAAUAUUCACAUUUGAGAAGCUGAAAAUACAGAAUUUCAGCAAAACAAUUAUUAAUUGUUAACAAUUAACAAAAUAUUAUUUUAAUUUCAGGAUUUUUGCGGGUCUUUAAACUUUCAAAAGCUCUUGAACUCAGAACUCAGUUCACGGCCUUCAUUUUAGUCCCUAGAAAUUUAAUCUGAUUUUAUUUAUUUAUGUGCUUUUUCAGAAUUAAACACUACCUAAAUCAGCCUAAUGCACACUACAGUCGCUGAAUACUUACUUACAGUUACUACAUGACGCUUCCUUAAUAGGAUAAAGCGAAUACUAGAUUUAAAAAAGCUAAUUAGGCAAAGGCCCACUCAACAAGCGGCUUUUCUGUUGGCCACGAUCCAAAAAAGAAAAAAAGCUUAAAGAUAUUCAAUCCCGGUCAGUUAAUCCAAAUGUUGUCUUAGUAUUUUUACAUUAAUAUUUUACUUAUUUUUCAUCGAGCAGCCCAACACUGCAGAGAUUUCUCUACAUUUGGUCAUCAUUAAGUAAAGAAAUGUAAUAACGCACACACACACAAAUAACACCAGCGUUGUGGCACAGGCAUUAGCCCUCAUUCAUUAAAUGAACCUGCUGUAUGUUCAUGUGCGACCGUUGUCUCCUUUGGCUGAUUCAUUUAAUCCAGUUGUUAAAUUAACACUGAUGUGAUGCAGUUGUGCUGGUUUUGAUUUAAAAAAAAAAAAAAAAAAAAAACUUUUAAG